AUGAAGGCUCCGCCCACGACGCCGCCGAAGAGCGCCACAGGCGGACCGCCUGCGGUGCCGCCCCCGCCGGUGCCGCCGCGCAGGAGCCGCCCCCAGCCGCCGCCCCCUCCGCCCCCGCAACCACCCCAGCAGCAGCAGCUGGUGCUGGUGGGCCCGCCACGUGCCUUCGCCGACAGCGACUGCGCGCCCGAGCCCCCGGAACCGCAGACCAGGACCAACAUCGUGGACGUGGAAGCCGAGGUGGAGGAGGAGGAGGAGUGCCCCAGCGAGUCGGACGACACGGGCAGCAGCGUGUCGACGGUGGUGGAGCAGCCGCUGCUGCAGCCGCAGCUCGACGUGUCGCUGGUGCUGCGGCCGUUCGAGCAGCUGGAGCGACAGCUGCUGGACGAGCAGGCCGAGGCGGGGGCGGCGAGCCCCUCGGAGGCGGCAGCCGGGCCCGUCAACCGGCUGGACAGCCUCGUGUUCGGCACCGCCGGCGGCGUCGCAGAGGACGAGGUUGACGAGAGCAGAGGGCCGCAGGUAGACGGAGAAGUCAGUGUAGGGCUGGACGCGGAGGAACGAGACCGAGGCGUGCGACAGGAGGGGGACGAGGACGAGGAAGACGAAGAGGAGGAGGAGGAAGAAGAAGAGGAGGAGGAGGAGGACCUCAUCCCCGAGUUCGGCGUGACGGCCGUGGUGGGCUGCGAGGCCUUCUUCCCCUACCACUGGGGGCUGGCCUCACACCUCGACCCCAUCGGGGAGGAGGACGAGAACAGGUGCGAAGAGGACACCGCAGCCGGCGGUCGCGCGCCCACCAUACACGCAGACGCGGACGUCGACGCCGCCAGCAGCCGCUUCCAGAUCGUCGCCACCAGGUUUUCGACGGAAGUCCUGCAAGAGGUGGAAGACGAGGAUGAGGAGGAGGACGAGUGGCAGGAGGCCCUGGACGGGGAGUGGCCAGUAGCGGCCAGCCACGGCCACGACUCCACAGACGCCAGCGAGGAGUUCGUGCUGGCCGACGGGGGGCCCGACCACGUGCUGCUGCUGUCAGUCCCCCACCUGCCCCAGGGGGGCGCCGCCGACCUACACCUAGACGUCUCUACGGCUUCGGACGACACACCCGACGUUGUUCACCCGAACGUCACUCUACGACGGAAACCGGGCAACGUCGAGGACGACAAGUCCGAACUCAACGUGACGACCAUCAGCAUCGACGAAGACAUCCACAACUGUCCGUGGACGCGGACGACGGUCUGCGCCUAA